CUUCUCAAUUCUCCCUUAAUUUAUUUGUUUUUUUCUUUUUUUAUUUUUAACUCUUAUAGUCGAAGAUUGAACUUACACAAAUAAGGAAACUACUACUAUUGGGAGAUGAUUAAAGACAAGGACAUAAAGACUCAAAUCAAUGAGUACCACAAGAGAUUUGUUAUAAGCAAUUACUAUCGCUGGGAGAUGAUUGAAGAUAAGGACAUAAAGACUCAAAUCAAUGAGUACCACAAGCUACUCGAAGAUAUUAAAGCGGAGAAUAUUAUUCUACCGGAUGAAUUUGUUUCAGAACUUCUGAUCGAAAAAUUGCCGCCAUCUUGGAUUGACUACAAACAACAAUUGAAACAUAGACACAAACAAAUGUUGCUUCCAGAGCUUGUCACACACAUAAUUAUUGAAGAUGCAAACCGGAAGGAGUGUGCUACUGCAAGGGCUAAAGCUUUAUCUGCAAAACCAAAUGUGGCACAAGUUAAUCCAGUUUCCAAAAGGUAUGAACACAAACUUGAUCACAAAAAGAAAAAUAAUUUUCUUAUAUCCCGUCCUAAUGGAUGUAACCUCACCUUUAAGAAGAAAGGAAAUUGCUUCGUGUGUGGAAAGUCGGGACAUCAUGCACCACAGUGCAGGCAUAGAGUAAGAAACGACAAUCCUCCUAGGAUGAAUAUAGUCGAAGAAAAGAUGAUACUAUUGCAGCGAUCGUUUCACAAGUAAAUUUGAUGACCAAUGUAAGUAAGUGAGUAGUACACUCUAGGGCUAACAAACAUAUAUGUGCAAAUAGAAGUGUCUUUACCUCUUACAUCAGUGUAGGAAAUAGAGAAUAACAUGUGUUCCUCGGUGAUUCCAUGAUGUUGUCUUAGGAAAAGGAAAAGUUCUUCUUAAGCUCACAUUUGGGAAGACUCUGCCUUGAUUAAUGUGUUGUAUGUGUCCUCUAUCAAAGUUAAUUUAAUCUUUGUAUCAAUACUGAAAAAAAGGGAG